AAAGAGGAUUGUUAUAAAACUGUUCGGACUUUUCUUUCAUAAUGUAUAUACUUUACUCUCAGUGAAUUAUUAAAAUAAUUACCAGUACUACUUCUAUUGCAUCUAUCACAAAUUGUAUUAGUACUAUGAUGAAUUAAUCCUAUUAUCAUUACAAUUAUUAUUAAACCAAUAAACAAUCCAUGUUAGAAACAAUGACAGAACUCACAAGACCAGAAAUUUCCGGAGCUACAAAUAUGUACUUAGGAUGUAACAAAGACACUCAGUUUCAUUCAUCUUGGAGAGUACCGCAGCAAAUGAGUCAUAUUAGUAAUAAUAAUAAUAAUACUGCCAGUAAUAGUAAUCACCUGUCAUAUUCCAUGCACUACAGUCAAGAAUCUCAAAUGACAUGCGACACAGUUGAUCAUAAAACUUUACAUCAAAUUACUGGUAAUCAGUUAUAUAAUAAUAAUAAUAACUCUGAACAAAUGACUCCACAAAUCACUACUACAACAACAACUACUACUGCUGUUGCUGCUGCUGCUAUGCAGUCGACAGUUACACAAAGCGAAAUAUUACCAGUGCCUACUCUCAGCAAUAUAAAUUUAUCUUAUGAAGCGAAUGAUUCAGUGCAUAAUAAUCACUCCUGCUCCUCCUCGAAACCAUCGUAUACAAUAAACGGAAUACAAGGAAUUGUAGAGACAUGUAAAAGUCAGGAUGUUGUCAAAUCAGAUGCUGCAUCUCCACAAUUCCCAAAAUAUGAUUAUUCCAAAGAUGAUGAAAAUAAUUCCGGGAAUGGUAUUAGCAAUCGGAUGAAUGGUGAAAUCAGCAUGACAAGGUCAACUCCUGAUUCACAUUUGACAAAUAAUAUCCAACAAAAUAUGAGUACCGAAGAGUUAUUUCUAGAAGAAUUCCCAUCUGCACAAAGUUCUUAUCGUGAAGAACCGAUUGUGAACAACAACAACAACAGGAUGCGCCAGUCAGUAUUUGAUACUUCUCCUACUAAUUUCUCGAAGCUGGACAAUAUACAUAGUUCAGCGAUUGCAAAUACAGAGCAUAUAAACAAUCGAAAAUCAACAGAGACAGAUUAUGUGAAUGAAAAUGGAAAUAUUACAAAUCAGAUUAUUCCUUGCUGUCAGAUAGAAUUGGGACAACCAAUGACUUCACCCCUUCCUAAUACAACUAUUUCUAAUCACUUAGAAGAACAGACUUCCUUAGAGAUUAGUUCCGAAACACAAAGAGCUAUGGAAUCCUCUAACAGUACACCGCCGUCUACUGAGAAUGUUGACUCUCAUUGUCAGGAGAAGGCGCAAUUACUGCUCUCAUCAUCAUCAUCUCCAACAACACAUCAUGCAUCAAUGAAUGAUUCUCUGACAACAUCAGACUGGAUAAAACAUAAGCAAUUGAACAAUGAACAGAGUGAACAGUCAAAUUAUCAGAUAGAUGAACAACAGAAUUCUUCGACUUUUGCAAAAACAUCAAAUGAACAUGUAUUUUUAGACUAUACAGAUGAAAAUUCAACUGUUCUACAGUCUCCAAAUGACUUUACAGACGAUCAAACAGGUCAUUCAAUGGCGAGUAGUGAUGAUGCUCAAUCAACUGCUGAUGAAUCAGAUGAAGGAAUGAGUUUAGCCAACUUUGAACAUUAUACAAAUUCAAUGCAACCAAAUCAUGCUGGAUUGUAUUUUUGUCAUCUAUGUGAUUUUACUGGAGGCAGUAGACAAGAAUUUCAAGAUCAUUUACGGUCACAUUAUGAUUAUAAAUGUUUAAAGUGUGAUUACACUUCAAGAACUGAAGGUCGACUGAAACGUCAUCUGAAAGAUUUUCAUUCUGAUAUACCACCGGAGAAUUUCUCUGGUAAAACAAUAAAAUCAAUACGACCUAAAUUACAACGAUGCAAACAGUGUGAUUAUGUAACUGACACGAAGGAAGAAUUCUGGCGCCAUUUACGUAUUCAUAUUAAAGAAGAUAAACGUUUAGAAUGUCAUUUAUGCUGUUUUAUAACAGAAUAUAAGCAUCAUUUAGAAUAUCAUAUGCGUAAUCAUAUUGGAUCAAAGCCCUAUAAAUGUACAAAAUGUAAUUAUGAAUGCGUCAAUAAAUCGAUGCUUAACAGUCAUAUGAAAUCACAUUCAAAUAUUUAUCCGUAUCGUUGUGGUAAUUGUAACUAUGCAACAAAAUAUUGUCAUAGUUUAAAACUGCAUUUAUCAAAACAUGAACAUCGUCCAGCUGUAGUGUUAAAUCCUGACGGUAGUCUACCACAAUAUGAUAAUACAAUAGAAGUGAUGAAUAUUAAACGUGGACCGAGUAUUAGUAAACAUGCUAAUUCCAAGUUAAACGUUAAACAUUUCAAUUCAUCCGAAUCAACACGACACAAGUUGAAAGGAUCAUCGUCGUCUAAAGGUGCACUGAAAUAUUCAUCUGUUCAUCAAUGUGUACAUUCGAAUAAGAUUGAAUGUCAAGGAGAAAGCAUGACUACUGCACCUGUAAGUGAAGCGACAUCUGAAUAUCCAGCAUAUGUCAAGACAGAAUUCCCUAAUUCAACUUUAAGUACAUCACCUAAUCUGUUUCCAGCUUACACAGGAUCAAAUCAUCUUCCAAUUGAUCACACAGAACCAGUAAUAAUGCCUAUGAUAUCACAGUCGGUAUCUGUCGCUCAACCUUUAAACAAUGAGAUUAACUCUAAUCAUAGUCACUUAAUUACAAAUUAUGCUUCUAAUUCAAAUGAGUGCUUGUCAGAUGGACUAGUUACUGGCCAGUGUAUGCCAAUGAAUCAAGAUCCCCUUUUAAACUAUUCCGUUUCUGCUUAUUCUUCAGUAGUAGCUUUUAUGGCUGCUAUGCAGUGUAAUGAUUUCAAUCGAAAUCGUCUACUUUCUUCAGAUCAAUCAGAUCGUGUUAAUUUCAUGACAUCUAAUCCCAUAUGUUCGUCAGAUAGUUUAAAAUUGUCGAAUGAAUCGCAUACAGAGAUAUCAUCUAUUCAACUUGGAUCCCCGUCAAUAUCAUCACAGUGUAAAGAGCAUUCAAUAUUUAAUGAAAUGUCUAAUAAUUAUUCACCAACAGCAACAACAUUGCCAACAAAUUCACAAGUGAAUACAAAUGCUUCUAAACUGCAAAAUGAUCAAAUCAGAGCAUCAACAAUGCCAACACUGUCGUCGUCUACCACACCAACUAUCCUUACAACAUUAAAUCAAAAUAGAUUACAGACGGAGAAAGACACCUUGAUGGAGAAGCAGUAUUCAGAAGAAGGCAUGACUACUGUUCCAUAUCAUAGCUUAAAUGAUUCUCACGAACUGGCUUUAGACCUGUCCUCAGCAUCAUGCCACAAAAAGAAUAUGUACGUCGAUAAAUGCCUUUCGCAAACAUUUGAGUCUGAUGAGAAAAUUCCUCAAGCAAUACCGAAAACACUACAGAGUGAUGAAGGAUGCAAUAAAAAGUGGCCAACAGCUAUCAGGUUUUCAACAUCAUCAAUGGAUGUUUCACACUCGGCUGCUAGUAGUAGUAAUAAUAAUAAUAGCCAUAAAGAUAAAUUAGAUUUCACUUAUGAAUGUCGAUUCUGUGAAAUACGUUUUCGACAACGUACUUUAUAUGAUAUUCAUAUGGGAUAUCAUAGUCAUUCCGACCCGUAUUUAUGUAAUCGUUGUGGUCACCAAAGUGCAUCUUGUCCUUCAGCGCCAAUUUUUUCCUCAAGGUCGUCUGUGCACAUUUUGAUCCAGGCCUCUCCAAUAAUGUCAUCUGCUAAAACACAUUCGCGUUUCCGUCGUGCCUACUAG